ACACAGAACGCAACCCACUUCAACAAGCGUGCUAGCCCAGCCUCGUUAAAAAAGCUGCAAAAUCUCUUCUUCAUUUCAUCUCCACCGAGGUAAGGGGAAGUUUUCCCUAUGAACCAAAGAGCCGUCAUUGUUAUUUUCACCAAACAAUCAUUGGUUUUCUCUUUCUUUCCUGAACUUAUCUGAGAGAAAGUUUUGGGUUUAAGCUAUAAUGGAGCUCUGUUCAGGCGGACUAUGCACUUACAGUCUCAAUUAUCUAGAAACAAAGAGAAAGUAUGGUUACCCAUCUUCUCUGAGAGGCUUGAGCUUCAUUAUAGGAGGAGAACUUCACAACGGCAAGGUUUUAUGUUUGAAAUUUCGUGCUUCCUUUGAUACAAACACUGUUGUACUUACUGGUUUUUCUUGUUAUUUCAAAGGAAAUAGAAGAACCCAUCAUGUUAGCUGUGGAAUUGAUUUAAGUAGCUAUAAUGAAGCCAAGAUUAAGCGUAGGAUUAGGAAAGGGUUGAAUUCUGAUGGGGUUAUUGAAGUUUUGAGGUCAUACUCUGACCCAAUCGAGGCACUUGCGUUCUUUAAAUCAAUAGCCCAACAACCCAAGAUCAUUCAUACCACUGAAACCUGCAAUUAUAUGCUUGAUAUUCUCAGAAUCAAUGGGAAAGUUACAGAAAUGUCAAUGGUAUUUGAUUUGAUGCAAAAACAAAUAAUCAAAAGAAGCCAAGAAACCUACGUGACAAUUUUCAACGGUUUGGACAUUUUUGGAGGAAUUAAGCGAGCCCCAGUUGCUCUUGAGAGGCUGAGUCAUGCUGGUUUUGUCCUAAAUGCCUUCUCUUACAAUGGGUUGAUCCACCUUUUGCUUCAAUCUGGGUUUCAGAGAGAAGCCAUGGAAGUUUACAGACGCAUGGUCUCUGAAAACAUAAAACCCAGUUUGAAAACUUACUCUGCUCUCAUGGUUGCCUUUGGAAAGAGAAAGGAUAUCAAUACUGUUAUGUACCUUUUACAUGAAAUGGAAGCUUUGGGAUUGAGGCCUAAUGUUUAUACUUAUACAAUUUGUAUCAGAAUAUUUGGAAGGUGUAGAAAGAUAGAUGAAGCGUUUGGGCUUUUAAGAAGAAUGGAGGGAGAAGGGUGCCAACCGGAUGUUAUUACUUAUACUGUCCUGUUGGAUUCCCUUUGUUCUUGUGGUAGAUUAGCUGAUGCAAAGGAGUUGUUCUAUCAAAUGAAAAGCGGUAAUCACAGGCCUGAUAGGGUAACAUAUAUCACCUUGAUCAACCGGUUUGGUGAUCUUGGGGAUUUGGGUUUCGUUUGGGAGCUGUGGAGAGAAAUGGAAGCCUAUGGCUAUGGCACCGAUGUGGUUAGCUUCACGCUACUUAUCAAUGCUCUAUGCAAAGUGGGAAGAGUGGGUGAAGCACUAAAAAUGUUAGAUGUGAUGGAGAAGAAGGGUAUAUCGGCAAAUCCACAUACUUAUAACACCUUGAUAUUGGGACUUCUCAAGGUUGAUAGACUUGGUGAAGCUCAAGAGCUCUUUGAGUUUAUGGGUCUCCAUGGUCCUCAACCCACUGUAUAUACUUAUAUUAUUUUCAUUGAUUAUUUCGGGAAAUCAGGGUACCCUCAAAAGGCACUAGAAAUCUUUGGGAGGAUGAAGAACAAAGGAAUUGUUCCUAAUGUUGUUGCUUGUAAUGUAUGUCUACAUAAUCUUGCAGAACUAGGUAGACUUGGGGAAGCCAAAGAUGUUUUCCGGGAGCUCAAAUUGAGUGGCUUCUCACCUGAUGCAAUCACCUAUAACAUGAUGAUCAAAUGCUAUGGCAAAGCAGGGAAAGUGGAUGAAGUAGUCAAGUUGUUCCAUCAAAUGAUGGAAAAUGGGUGUGACCCAGAUGAAAUCACAAUUAAUACUUUGAUUGGGGUUCUCUAUAGAGAUGAUAGAGCAGAUGAAGCAUGGGAUAUGUUUCAUAAAAUGAAAGAUAUGAAACUCAAACCCAGUGUUGUGACUUAUAACACAUUGUUGGCUGGGUUGGGUAAAGAGGGUAAAAUUGAGAGAGCAAUGGAGUUUUUCAAGCGAAUGGAUCAAUGUGGGGGUCCUCCAGACACAGUGUCAUAUAACACAAUAAUGGAUUCUCUUUGUAAGGAUGGGAAAGUUGGUUUGGCCUUAAAUAUGUUCUAUGAGAUGCCUGAAAAGGGAUGCGAUCCAGAUGUUUCAACAUAUAACACUGUCAUCCAUGGCUUGGUUAAGGAGGAGAAGCUCGAUGAAGCACUAUGGUUCUUCAGUCAAAUGAAGAAAACUCUUUCUCCUGAUCUGAUCACAUUGAAUGCUAUCUUGCCCAUGAUUGUUAAACAUGGGCAGAUCAAGAAUGGUUUACGAAUUCUUAUGGAUUUUAAUUCAAAGGAGGGUUCUCAGUUAGUCAGUUCUUCUUGGAAAACUCUUAUGGAAAGGAUUUUAAAAGAAGCUAAUCUACACAUGGCGAUAACUUUCUUCUAUGAGAUUUUAGAUGGUGGCAUUUGCCAAGAUGAUUCCAUCCUGUGUCCUUUUAUCGAUUCUCUUUGUAGGCAGGGAAAGGCACUCGAUGCUCACGAACUUUUUGGUAGGUUCAAGAGUUAUGGAAUUUUACCUAGUACCCACGCAUAUAACAUUCUCAUUGACGGGCUACUGAAAGCUAGUUGUUUCGAAAUGGCUUGGGGCCUUUUUGAAAAGAUGAAGAAGGUCUCUUCUACUCCCAACAUGCAAACCUACAAUUUGUUACUUGAUGCACUUGGAAAAUCUGGGAAGAUCGAAGAGGCACGAAAGCUUCUUGAAGAGAUGCAUAUUAAGGGGAUUAAAGGGAACACUAUCACUUACAAUAUAAUGCUUUUAGGAUUGGUUAGGUCCAAUAAGUUAGACCAAGCUAUAGAAUUCUAUUACGAAUUAUUGAGCAGAGAGUUCUCCCCAUCUCCUCGUACUUAUGGCCCUCUUAUUGAUGGGCUUUCAAAGGCAGGCAGGGUGGAUGAGGCAAAGGAACUAUUUGAGGAGAUGAGGGAAUAUGGGUGCAAGCCUAACCGUGCUGUAUAUAAUAUUUUAAUAAAUGGUUUUGGAAAGGUGGGUGACCUAGAAAAUGCUUGUGAAUUCUUCAAAAGGAUGCUUAAAGAGGGUAUACAACCUGAUCUGAAAACGUACACCAUCCUUGUGGAUUGUCUUUGUAUGGUGGGGAGGGUGGAUGAUGCUCUCCAAUAUUUUGAGGCAUUGAAGAUAAGUGGCCAUGAACCUGACCUAGUAUUUUAUAACCUUGUCAUCAAUGGAUUGGGAAAAGAUGGGAGGCUAGAGGAGGCUCUAUCCUUAUUUAAGGAAAUGCAAAGCAAGGGUCUUUUGCCUGACCUGUAUUCUUACAAUGCUUUGAUACUACAUCUCGGGAGGUUGGGAAGGGUAGAGGAAGCAGGAGCGAUGUAUGAAGAACUCCAACGUAAGGGGCUUGAGCCGAAUGUUUUCACAUAUAAUGCACUUAUUAGGGCAUAUAGCAUUGCGGGAAACACUGAUCAUGCAUAUGCUGUGUAUAAAAAGAUGGUGGUUGGUGGUUGUGAGCCGAAUAUGGGGACGUUUGCGCAGUUGCCGAAUCAAUCAUGAGAGGCAUUAGGUAACCUUCUCAAGAUAAGGCAGCAGCGCUAGUGAUCAAAGCAUACCCUUUGUCAGACGAGCUGACCUCAAAGAUCAGUACCCUACACUUGGAAGGUGU